CUGAGUCUGCCAACAGGGCCGCCAUCCCUUCACCUUUCUGAGGAGUACGAAACGUUUGAGAGCGACGAGAAUCUCGGGCACUUGCUGAACGAAGCGCAAGUGGAGCUCAAGUACAAGCUCAAGUGCAACAUUCGCUGUCAGCUGCUGAGGCAGCCACCCACUGCCCAGUGGCUCGAUGCAGCGGGUCGCAUGGAGCUGCAGCUGCUGAAUGCCACGGGGGAGACGGCACUGAAGAUUAGCAGCUGCAUGGAGGCUGCCGAUGCAGAGCCCUGAGCCAAGGCGGAUCAUUCCGUCAUCGAUUAUGAGGAGGAGGAGCAGCAGGAGCAGCAGGAGGAGGAGGAGUACAUGGACAUCCCCGAGGGUAGCUCCGACCUAUAGCAGUCGCCAAAAAGUGGACAGUAAUUAAUAAGCGCAGGGUGGGGUUAAGGGUCGUUUGAUUUGCAUAAUUAAAUGGAAUUGCAGGCCAGCGAAUCUGGCAUCAAA